CUUGCGCUCCCGCUAUUCUGCAGUCAAGGAAUUUGUCUUCCAGAGUGGCACUUAUCCUAAUGUCCUACAUUACCUAUUAUAAUACUAUACUAUAGUAUGUAUGUACUUUAUAUCAAUCUAAAUCUGAGGCAUAUAUUUUAAGACAGAGACCAUGAAAGAGGCAUCGGAUGAGGGGACUGCUCCGGGGGGACCAGUUGACUCCGAGGCCCAGGGAGAGAGACCCCAAGCUGGGGUUCUGCAGAGAGAGAAGUGGGCCAACAAGACUGAGUUCUUACUCUCCAUGGCUGGGGAGAUCAUUGGUCUGGGAAACGUGUGGCGCUUCCCUUACCUCUGCUACAAGAAUGGAGGGGGCGUGUUCUUCAUCCCCUACUUCAUAUUCCUCUUCUUCUGUGGUAUCCCUGUGUUCUUCCUGGAGACCGCGUUGGGCCAGUACACCAGUGAGGGUGGAGUCACCGCCUGGAGAAAGAUAUUCCCCAUGUUCGAGGGAGUGGGCGUGGCAUCACAGGUGAUUGUGAUGUACCUGAACAUCUACUACAUCCUGAUUUUAGCCUGGGGUCUCUUUUACCUGUUCAACUCAUUCAGAAACCCCCUUCCAUGGACCACCUGUAAUAAUUACUGGAACACAGAUAUGUGCCACAACCGAAUUGGUUCUUUUGCAAACCCACACCUAUUCAGCCAGAAUUCCAGUUGGUCAUUCCUGAACAACGAAUCUAGUUAUCUGGACUAUGGCAACUACACAGAUGAGAGCGCAAAUAAAGUAACCUCUCCUGAAGAAGAGUAUUGGAAGUAUCGGGUCAUCAGACAGACAGGGGACAUGUCCUUCACUCCUAACUGGGACAUAGCUCUCUGCCUGCUGUUGGCCUGGGUGCUCUGCUACUUCUGCAUCUGGAAAGGAAUCAAAUCCACAGGAAAGGUGGUGUACUUCACAGCGACGUUCCCCUACCUCAUGCUACUCAUCCUCCUCCUCCGAGGUGUGACCCUGCCUGGAGCCUCAGAAGGGCUGAAAUACUACCUCAUGCCUAACCUCAGCAGGAUCACCGACCCUGUCGUGUGGUGUGAUGCAGGGACACAAGUCUUCUUCUCCUAUGCUGUGUGCCAGGGCGUUCUCACUGCCCUGGGCAGUUACAACAAAUACAACAAUGAUUGCUACAAAGAUUGCAUAGCGCUCUGCAUUUUAAACAGCGGUACCAGUAUCUUUGCUGGUUUCGCUGUCUUCUCUAUAUUGGGAUUCAUGGCUCAUGAACUCGGUGUAGAGGUAGCAGAGAUUAUUGAAGCUGGUCCUGGGUUGGCCUUCAUCGUGUAUCCCCGAGCUCUUGCUCUGCUGCCCGGCGCUCAGUUCUGGAGCGUCCUGUUCUUUCUCAUGAUCCUGUUCCUCGGCCUGGACAGCCAGUUUGUGUGUGUGGAGAGUCUGGCCACAGCCAUCACUGACCUGUUCCCUGAAAGACUGCGUAAGCCGUACAGGAGAGAGAUCCUGGUUCUGGUCAUCGCUGUGGUCUGCUUUCUGCUGGGCCUGACUCUGGUUUCAGAGGGAGGGAUGGUUCUCUUUCGGCUGAUUGACUUCUACGGCCCCAGUGGAACCAGCCUGCUCUUCAUCGCCUGCAUGGAGACCACGGUCAUCGCCUGGUUCUAUGGUGCUGACCGUUUCUAUGACAACAUCCAGGACAUGAUAGGCUACAAGCCGUUUCCUGUUCUGAAGUACUGUUGGCUGUUUGUCACACCCUUCAUCUGUGGGGUCACCCUCCUGUACGACCUGAAAACCAACACCCCAAUCAAGUACAUCUCAGACUACCAGUUAGAGCCCUGGGCCCGGGUCAUGUCUGCUUUCCUGGUCAUCACCCCGCUACUGUGCAUCCCUGUCUACAUCCUGGUGUCUGUGUUCAAGAAUCCUUCCGGGAUGACCAUUCCAUCCAGUGACCUCCGGCAAGCCAAACCUCACAGCCCUAGACUGAGUCUGUGUAAACGUGUCAUCUUAACGGGACAGCAGAAGGCCUCCACAGCAGACGGAAACAUGAUGGACGUCACUGGCAUAGAUAUAUAUAACGGGUAGAUGUCUCGUCCGCGUUGCCGGACAACGGAGUCGAACGUCCGCACAUGGCGGCCAUCUUGCUACAGUCAACUCGCUCACCCAUAACAUUGUGUUGAUGCUACAUGUACUUUUUAAAUGACCAUAACUUGCUCAAUUUUC